AUGUUCACAGAAGAAAAACCUGGUCAAUGCCCUGCUGCCGACCCGGACGCGAUCACCAUCUGUCUCGUAGAGUGUGAAGCAAAGGAAAAACCAGGUGAAUGCCCAGCUCUGCAACCGGACAUGGCUGGGAUUUGCAUUUUGGGGUGUGUAUCAGACUAUGCCUGUCCUGGGGACGAAAAAUGCUGCUCCAACGGAUGCGGGUACGGUUGCACAAGGCCAAAGGUUACAGCAGGGAAUCCCGGUCGAUGCCCUCCAUCAGACCCGAACGCUAUCACGAUCUGUCUAGUAGAGUGUGGUGAUGACAAUGGUUGUCCAGGAAACCAAUUAUGCUGUACCAACGGAUGUCAUGCUUCGUGCACUAAUCCUGUUGUUCCGGACAAGUGUGCUAGUGUAGCGUGUCUUGCAAUCUUCUGCGAGGGUCAGUAUAAACCACCAGGGGAGUGCUGCUUCGUAUGUCCUUGUUUCUAUAAGGGGAAAAAGUACAAAGAGGGUGAAAGCUUCAUGGAAGAUUGUAACAACUGCACAUGCGGUUUUAGUGGAGAAGUUACCUGUACUAAGAAAGUCUGUGGUGGCUCUGGUAAGAAAUAG